GUGAGAGAGAGAGAGAGAGAGAGAGGUGUUUGUGGGUAGUUUUAGAAGAAGGGAGGGGCAUUUUUACGUAUUUCGGCCGAAACUCGUCAUUUUUGUCGGAGACUCCGAAUUUCUUCAUUCUGACUUUCACUCCAUUAAACACCUUCACGACUUUUUAUUGUAUACAACAGCGCGGUUUCAUUUCUGAACACACACACUGGAGAGACUGGUCAGGGAACUUCUCAACGUGUGUGCGUGUGUGUGUGUGUGUGUGUGAGAGAGAGAGAGAGAGAGAGAGAGAGAGAGAGAGAGAGAGAGAGAGAGACUCUGUGCUGUGUGUGUGUGUGUGUGUGUGUUUGUCGACGUGAAGUUGGCGGAGAAGAACAAAAGCAUCGCGGGAAGCGUUAAAGAAAAGAGCUGAACUUUCCAACCGCAGGUAGACAUGGCGAUGCGAGGCCACACCUCCGGGUCAUUAAUGAGUAAUCACACGAAGGAGAGAGUGACCAUGGCCAAGGUAACUCUGGAGAACUUCUACAGUACACUGAUCACACAGCACGAGGAGAGAGAGAUGAGGCAGCAAAAACUGGAGAAAGUGAUGGAUGAAGAGGGACUUCCUGAUGAAGAGAAACGAGUGAGACGUUCUCAGCAUGCAAAGAAAGAGACGGAUUUCCUGCGCUUGAAGAGGACAAGGCUUGGUUUGGAUGACUUUGAGUCACUGAAAGUGAUCGGACGAGGAGCAUUUGGAGAGGUGCGUCUAGUGCAAAAGAAGGACACGGGUCAUGUUUACGCCAUGAAGAUCCUGCGAAAAGCCGACAUGUUGGAAAAAGAACAGGUGGCUCAUAUCCGUGCAGAGAGAGAUAUACUGGUUCAGGCAGACAGUCUGUGGGCGGUGAAGAUGUUUUACAGUUUCCAAGAUAAACAGAAUCUGUACCUGCUCAUGGAGUUCCUGCCUGGAGGUGACAUGAUGACACUACUGAUGAAGAAGGACACUCUGACGGAGGAGGAGACACAGUUCUAUGUGGCUGAAACGGUUCUGGCCAUUGACUCCAUCCACCAGCUCGGCUUCAUCCACCGAGACAUCAAACCUGAUAACCUACUGCUCGACUCAAAGGGUCAUGUUAAACUCUCUGAUUUCGGACUGUGUACUGGACUUAAGAAAGCUCAUCGUACAGAGUUCUACAGAAACCUGAGCCACAGCCUCAACACUGACUUUACCUCUCAGAACAUGAACUCUAAGAGGAAAGCAGAAACAUGGAAACGCAAUAGGAGGCAGCUGGCGUUUUCCACAGUGGGAACGCCAGACUACAUCGCUCCAGAGGUGUUUAUGCAGACAGGCUAUAACAAGCUCUGUGAUUGGUGGAGUCUGGGCGUGAUUAUGUACGAGAUGCUGAUUGGAUAUCCACCCUUUUGCUCAGAGACUCCUCAGGAGACGUAUAAAAAGGUGAUGAACUGGAAGGAGACGCUGGUUUUCCCCCCUGAGGUACCGAUCUCCGACAGAGCCAAACACCUCAUCCUCAGGUUCUGUUGUGAAGCAGAUCACCGUAUCGGAGCUGCAGGAGUUGAGGAGAUCAAGAGGAACCCGUUCUUCGAGGGAGUUGAUUACGAUCACAUCAGAGAGAGACCAGCGGCGAUCCCCAUUGAAAUCAAGAGCAUUGAUGACACAUCAAACUUUGACGAGUUUCCUGAAUCAGACAUCCUGCAGCCUGCUGGAGCAGGCAGUAGUCAUGCGGAGUCGAACUAUAAGAAUAAGGACUGGGUUUUCAUCAACUACACGUAUAAGAGGUUUGAGGGUCUGACAGCGCGGGGGGCGAUCCCGUCCUACAUGAAGGGAGGGAAGAGAUGAGUGCAGGCACACACCUGUCUAUGGGUCUUCAUGCUAUCCCAUAAUCCCCUGCUGCCACACCUACAGAAUGCUGUGUUUCUGUUGGCUGAGAGCAGGAGGGACCAUCCUUUAUUUAUUUAAUUUUUUUACAAACCCCGCCUCCCGCACUAUAAUUGGCUGCUCACAGGCUCACAUCGUUCAGGUUGCUGUAGCAACCAAAGUUAAAACACCAGACGUACAGAAACAUCGGAGAUUGAUUUCACCUUCAUCUGUCAGACAAUGCCUUCUGGUAUUCUGUGAUUAAUUUCCACAUGUUUCACUCUCAGCCAAUCAGAAUCCAGGGUUCCUGGUUACCAUGGUGAUGCCAUACCUGUACAUUCAGGGUUCUAGAAUUGAUGAUUCAGGAACAACAUAAAAACACAGCAGCUGUUGAUUAAAGACCACACACACGCGCACACACACCUACACACAUCUACAUGCACACACAGACACUUACACACAUCUACACACACACACCUACACACAUCUAGACGCACACAUCUACAUACACUCACACACACACAUACACUACACGCACACCUACACUCACUCAUACACAUUCACACACACAGUUUUCACUAUAAGCUCAUUCAAAUGUAUAUAGAGUCAUAUAGCCUGCAUUUUUGCUAAAUCUAUUUUUGUAUCAAACACACACACACACGUACACACACACACACAGGUCUAAUGCUCAAGCAAUAUUCCAUUGUCAAUGUCUUGUCAUCAGUGGUGUCUUUAAUCUUAUUUUAUUUUAUUUGUUAUUCUACUUUAUUAUAAUCACCUUGUUUUGUUUUUCUUUAUAUGGUUGCCAUGACAACAGAAUGCUGUUUCUGAUAUUGCUUAUUAUCGUUAUUUAUUGGUGUGUAUAUUGUGUUUAUAUUUUGCUGUGAUAUAAGAUGUGUAGAUGGUACGAGCUGAAUGGGAGACACACACACACACACACACACUUUUUUUUGUUCCAUCUUUAAAUACAAAAUACAAUACACACAAAUACAGUGUGUGUGAUUCUAUGUAGAAAUCAUAUAAUAAAGCCACUCAGUCGUGAUGUUUGA